AGUUUGCAAUUUGCGACAUAAAGUCGCGGUCGCAUGAAUCGCUGUAACUAUUUACGUCGUUUGUCGCGAAAUAAAUUAUUUAAUUAAUUGUUUAAUGUUUAGUGGAGUUUUUGUUUAAAUAAUUAAGUUUUUUUAUUGAAUGUACUGUUAGAAAGUGCAGUGUUUUGUGUCGUGAUGUCGGAAGCGGGUCGCCGGGGUGCAGCCUACACUAUUGAUAAUAUACUCGGUCAUACGGAUAGACAGCCGGAUCGCAUAGAACUGAAGAGCGAGAGCGUGGUGCAUUCAGACUCUGAACACGAGCAUGAGCUGAGCGAGCACAAUGACCUUGAGCACGGACACGAGCACAGUGAGCACGGCGAGCAUUUAGAGGCGUUAGAUGCUGGGAGACCGCGCAAGCAGGUGCGCCGCAGCCGUACCACGUUCACCACAUACCAGCUGCACGAGUUGGAGCGAGCCUUCGACAAGACGCAGUAUCCUGAUGUGUUCACUAGAGAAGAGUUGGCUAUGAGACUGGACCUUAGUGAAGCUAGAGUGCAGGUGUGGUUCCAGAACAGACGAGCGAAGUGGCGCAAGCGAGAGAAGGCGCUCGGCCGAGACCACGCGCCUUUCAUGCAUCAUGAUCAUGUGGUCGGCGAGUGGGGUGGCGGCGGUCCCCCUGGUGGCGAGUGGUGGGCACUAGGCCUAGGCGCUGGGCUGGGGGCGCUUGGCGUGCCAGCUCCAUUGUGGCAUGAUGCUGAGCCCGCUGCCGCUUUCAGAGCGCUGCUGCAUAGGUACGUCCUGGCCCUACCACCACCAGCACUACGUCCCCCAGAGCCCGAGCCAUCAUCCUCAUCACCCCCGUCACCCCCCUCUCCAUCCCCCUCCCUCGCCCGGCUGGCCAGCGCCGAAGCUCUCCGCCUCCGAGCCCAUGACGCCCUUCUCCAAGAUCGAGUGGUCCUGCAGCAUAAUAAUAAGGUCCACACGUAACCUGAAAGCAGCUGGGAGUUUAAUCCCUAUGUGAAUAACUCUGGACAUUAACGCUUUUGUUUUAAGGUUCAUUUUUGUGUGGCAAUACAGUCUUACGUCUUCUCUG